AGCGCCGCUCCGGCUCUCGGCGGCGGUCAGGUGACCCAGCGGCAGACAGGCCAUUCUCGGCUUCUUCCUUCGCUUUGGCUCCAAUGUCGGAGGUGUUUGCGCCUGGAAGAAAUGGACUCUGGCAAUGCACGAAUUUGAUCCCUCAGAGAUCCGAUCAGCUGAGUCUGUGAAUGGCGCCAAAACAGGACCCUAAACCUAAAUUUCAAGAAGGUGAAAGAGUCCUGUGCUUCCAUGGGCCAUUGCUCUAUGAGGCAAAGUGCGUAAAGAUCAACAUAAAGGAAAAGCAGAUUAAAUACUUCAUUCAUUACAGCGGAUGGAACAAAAACUGGGAUGAAUGGGUUCCUGAAAGCAGAGUUCUCAAAUAUGUGGACAGCAACCUUGCGAAACAAAAAGAGCUUCAAAAGGCCAAUCAGGACCAUUAUGUUGAGGGAAAGAUGAGGGGUUUAGCACCAAGCAAGAAGAUUGCUGCUGUGCAGCAGAAAAAUGUUGAUCUGAAAGUGAAAAAGGCAAAACAGAAGACCCCAGGGCCGGGUGAAGGCACCAGCAGCGGAGAAACACCCCAGGGACCCCGGAAGAAGAGGGCUCGGGUUGAUCCAACUGUGGAGAGUGAGGAGAUGUUCACCAACCGUGUGGAGGUGAAAGUAAAGAUCCCCGAGGAGCUGAAACCCUGGCUGGUGGACGACUGGGACCUCAUCACCCGGCAGAAACAGUUGUUUCAUCUGCCUGCGAAGAAGAAUGUAGAGACCGUCUUGGAGGACUAUGCAAACUAUAAGAAAUCGAAAGGAAACUUGGACAAUAAGGAGUAUGCAGUCAACGAAGUGGUGGCGGGGAUUCGGGAGUACUUCAACGUCAUGCUGGGCACGCAGCUGCUUUACAAGUUUGAGAGGCCGCAGUAUGCUGAGAUCCUGUCUGAACACCCAGAUAUGGCGAUGUCUCAGGUGUACGGAGCUCCACACCUGCUGCGCCUGUUUGUUCGUAUUGGAGCUAUGCUGGCCUACACUCCACUGGACGAGAAGAGUCUGGCUCUGCUGCUCAGUUACCUCCAAGAUUUCCUCAAGUACCUGGUAAAGAAUUCAUCCACCCUCUUCAGUGCCACUGACUAUGAGGUUGCCCCACCAGAGUACCACCGCAAGGCUGUGUGAGAGCUCUGAGCGCACAAGACUCACAUCUCCCAGACCACAUGUGAAAUAACAAAUUUUGCAGACUUGGAUGAGAUUUUUCACUUCAAUUGAUUCAGUUCCUUCACAAAGGUCUCAGGAGCUUGUCAGCGUUCAGAAGAAAAAACAUCACCAAGCCUUUUUUUUAGCUGAAUCUCUCCCUUUGUUUUUUUCUCUCACUUCUUUAAAAAGAGGACAUUUGUUUUUUUGUUGACAAGUUACUGUUUCCACAAGCAGCUCUUUGGUGUUUUGGUGCAUUCCAUCUGAUAGAUAUUUGUUACUGUUGCAUGUAUGUAUUUAUUAGUGCUUCUUCUGCCACAUGAGGUGCAAUCGAAUGCUGGACCACACGGUCAGCGCUCAGCAGUUAAUGUUUUUGUAUCUAUAUCUUGUGUAUUUGUAUCAAUUUGUAAAAAAAAAAAAAAAAAAAAAGUUUCUACACAAUCUCUA